AUGGAGAGUGGGCGCCAAGAUAGGAGUGUGCCGGCGAGGGAGCAGGAACAUGCAGCGUCGACAAAGCGUAAGCGUGCUCAUGAUGCGAGCCUACCAGAUGGUCAACGUGCGCUAUUAACGCUUGCGCACUUGCCGCUCGAAAUCUUUCCCAUUCGAAUCCAAGGAAAGGCAAAGGCUGCUUGCAGAUACUAUCUUGAUAUCUAUGCACCUACCACCUUCCGAAGACUUCAGCUCCAGGGUGUUGCAGAGGAUCUGCCCUUGCUCCGCCAUUACAUUCCCCUGAUUCUUAGCAACGAGGUGUCAUUCGUCGCCAUGUUGGCAAAUUCCAUGCUGCAAUUCGACUUGAGGGACAGACGACGUGACGGUGUGUCUCCACAAACAAAGGGGUUUUACGAUGUGACCAUUCAACUUUUCCGCCUGUACCUCCAGUCGACUGCUGAUAAAGUGUCUGACUUGAUCAUCUGUACGAUGCUGCUUCUAGCAGCUUUCGACAACUUGACACUCAACCAUGACGGUGCUUGGAUCCAUUUGAAAGCGGUAAGCGAAGCUAUAAUGCGCAGAGGUGGCCCUCAACGACUGCCCUUCAUCGCACACGCAGAGUGCCGAAGAGCGAUCUUCCGCCAGCCUGACCCUGCAGCUUACGAAUAUGGAGGCCUGGAUCGUCCCGUACACCCAUUUUCACCUGCCCUGUGUAACCGGAUAGCGAGGUUACCACCAGCGUUCGAGGAAUUUUGUAUAAACGAGCGCCCGGUGGCAGCUGUGAUCGACAUCCUCUCUGACGUGUCUGCUUGGGUGGACGCUGUGAACGCAAACGCCUCGGAAGACGAAAAAGAGUAUUUGAUUUGCAACAGCUCACUGCUCGAAGAGAAUCUUAACAACGCCACGAGAUGCUUUGAAUUGCUUGAGAAUACCCAUCUUCCAAUCCAAGAGCAAUAUGUCCUCAUGGCCUUGCAAGCUUACUGUUCUCUGAUGGACUAUAGCGAUAGGGGACGCUUUUUGAAUCUGGCAUAUCUCCAGAUCCAUGCCGGACUUCUUCCCUCCAACUUCUCCUUUCCCGACAAUGCCCAUCCACGGAAUCAACAGGCGGAAUGGCUGACUUGGGUCGGCAUGAUGAUGCUUGCAAGCUCCCACACCAACGAUCUCACAUGGUCACUGGGCAUGAAGAUUCUGGGCGGGCAAGGAUUGAAGCACAGUUGGAUGCAGAAGAUUAGAGUUUGCGAGAAGUUCUUGUGGAAUGGGAAUCUCUCCUAUCAAGUUCUUCGCAAGAUUCAUUUCAAGCGCAAGGAUCCCGGUACAUUUGGAUGA